CGGCGGAGCGGCUCAUGUUGUGCUGGGCAUGACGGGAUGCUGCUUGUGACAAGGUUGUCGGAGUGAUAAUGAACGCCUUCAGUAAGUGUUGGGAUGGACGGGGAAGGUUUACUGUCAGCGCAGAGUGGAAUAACAGUGUGCUGUUGUGCCUCCUGGCUCAGCGAUGGUGUCACCUCUGUGCGCUUUUCCCUCUGCUAUCCGGACAGGGGACACUGGCAGAGAAGUGACACAGCAGCGUCGGAAUUUACACAAUCAUCAGUCUCAGAAUAGACCGGCGAGCGAGUAGAGUUGCUGCCAUGGAGAAACGGAGCAGAGUCAAUGAGGAAAUGCCGACAUCGAAAGAGGAGAAGCGCAAAGAGAAGAAGCCGAAAUCUGGGAAGCUUUUCCGAAAGAGACCGUUGAAGUCUGUGGGGAGUUUUAUGAACAGAAUCAUCAAAACUUUGGGCACUUUCACCCACUUUGGAGACACGGACGCGCAGGACGCCGAGGACGACGAUGGGGGUUUUCGGAAUGGCGCACCUUGCACCCUCAGCGCCAGCUCAGGAAUUAUCAAAGAGGAUGUACAGGUGGCGUGGGAUCGAGUAGUGAAAAACGCUUCGAGCACAUCUUUUUCUCUGUGCGCCGGCAGAGAAAAGCUACUUUACCAAUACGGAGACAAAAUUCCAGGUGUCCUAGGGCUGAAAAACCACGGGAAUACCUGUUUCAUGAACGCCGUUGUACAGUGUCUGAGCAACACCGACCUGCUCGCAGAGUACUUGGGACUGGAGCGAUACAAACUGGACCUGUGUCAAACCAGAAUAAACGGGGUGGUGAAAAGUGACGAGUCGCGGCUUGCCAAGGGAGAAGUCACGGAGCAGUUGGCAUCACUUGUCCGAGCUCUGUGGACUCUGGAGUACACACCACAGCUGUCUGUGGAUUUCAAGACUGUAGUGUCCAACUAUGGGUCCCAGUUUCGUGGUAAUUCCCAACAUGACGCCCUGGAGUUUCUCCUGUGGCUGCUGGACUGCGUCCAUGAAGACGUCAAUCUAGCCUCCCACAAUAACAACAACAAGACCAAAUCUACUGGAAAGGGCCCUGGUGGAGCCGAAGAGGUGCUGUCUCCAGAUCCAUCCCAGUCCCAGCUGCCCCAAGUCCAGCACAGCUUUGUCCAGGAACAUUUCCAGGCCCAGUACAAAUCUUCACUGACAUGCCCCCACUGUCUGAAACAGAGCAACACCUUUGACCCUUUCCUCUGCAUCUCACUCCCCAUUCCUCUUCGCCAGACCAGACCAUUGUGUGUGACUCUGGUGUUCAGCACCAAAGGACAGAGGUACCUGCGGGCUGGGCUGGCUGUGCCUCUGUUUGGCUCUGUGGCCUGCCUGAGAAGGAUGGUGGCCGACGAGGGGAAAAUUUCUCCAGACCAGGUAAUCCUGACAGAGGUUUACUCCACAGGGUUUCAGCGCUCCUUCUUUGAUGAGGACGAUCUAACCAGCAUUGCCGAGAAUGAUGUCAUCUAUGCCUUCCAGGCUCCACCCCUCUACAUCAGAGGAGGCUCUGCAUGGAUAUCAGGGUACCAUCACAGCCUGCCAUCGUCUCCAUACUCCACUGGUCCUGAGGGUCAGAGGUUACCUUCAUCUGGGACGUUGUCGUCAGAGUUCCUGAACCAGGGCGUCCCAGUCAAGAUUCUGCUGUUGGUGUGCAACGCUGCAGGGGCAGGCCAACAGGCUGUAAGGUUUGGACCUCCAUUUCUAAUGAGGGAGGACCGGUCUAUUUCCUGGGACCAGCUGCAGCAGAGCAUCCUCAGCAAAAUCUAUUACCUGAUGAUCAAUGGAGCUCAGGCACAGAAUACCAGAGUGCUGUUCAACAUCCGCGUGGUGGGAGGAUCAGCAUUUUACAGCUACCUGUCACCUCAGGAUGGGCGGCCACUCUACCACCCUGCUGUCGACAGAGCUCUGAAACUCUGCAGCUCAGGAGGACCUCCACACGUGAAGCUCAUCAUUGAGUGGGAGCACAGAAUCAAAGACUGCCUUUUCGGUAACAUUCAGGAGGAAGUGGUGAAAGAUGCUGAGAGUGUGAGAAAUCAGCAGCAGCACCACGUCCACCAGUACAGCUGCACCUUGGAUGAGUGCUUCCAGCUCUACACCAAAGAGGAACAGCUUGCCCCAGAUGAUGCCUGGAAGUGCCCGCACUGUAAGCAGCUGCAGCAGGGCAUGGUGAAGAUGAACCUAUGGACGCUGCCAGACAUACUGAUCCUGCACCUGAAGCGCUUCAGGCAGGUGGGAGAGCGGAGGAACAAGCUCACCACGCUCGUGCAUUUCCCCCUGGUGGGCCUGGACAUGACACCUCACAUGGUGAACCGCAACCAUGGCACCCAUCAGCUCCCUCUCCAGCCUGGGUGGAAGCUGUCCCGACGACCUGACCUGGCUCCUCCUGACUUCCUGUAUGAUCUGUAUGCUGUGUGCAACCACCAUGGAGGAAUGCACGGCGGACAUUACACAGCCUUCUGUAGGAACUCGGUUGAUGGCCAGUGGUACAGCUAUGAUGACAGCAGUGCUGAGCCGGUUCCAGAGGGGGAUGUGUGCACACGUGGAGCCUACAUCCUCUUCUAUCAGAGAAGAAACACCAUCCCCCCCUGGUCUGCCAGUUCCUCAGUCAAUGGUUCUACCAGCUCAUCCACCUCUGACCAUUGGCUGGUCCGGCUGACGGGGGGCAGUAAAAGGGGCAGCAUGGUGUCAGGAGGACCCAUCCCUGGACCCCCAGGACCCAUACAGGCCCCAGAUUCCCCUGAGCUGCCAGUGUUUGGAGAUGAACCCACUAAAACAGUAGAAAAAAAUGAGUUUGAAGCCAAGCCAUUUGUCCGUGGGACCCAUGUUAGGAGUGUUAGCAUGAGAUCACCAACUAAGCCCAAGGAGACUCUGAGCAAAGUUCUGCCACUGCGCUGGUCCUUCGGCUCCAAGGACCGCAUUAAACACCCAACUCAGACCCGGCCUGGAGAGCUGGUGGAGUACCUGGAGUCUGGGCGCCGGCCACGAUGUACCAAAGACUCUAUCAUCACACUGGUGGCCACCCCACCACUAAGGAUUGCCCAGGGAAGAGCCUUUGACUUAGGACAGGACUGCAGCUCACCUAGUGGCAGCAGCCUUAGUUGUACAGACAGACCCAGCUCUGACACUUGUUACUCCCCCAAAGUACCAGAGGGACAGAGCAGACCUUGCGUGGAGAGAAAUAUCAGCCAGGGACUCAGUAACAGCAGCAACCUUAAAGCCAGAGAUGAUAGUUCUCUGAGGCACAGGUCAUCUAAGAGAGCGAGGCAGGAACAGGGCAGGACCCUCGACCUCCAGCUGCAGAGAGGAGCCAUUCUAGGGGGUCAUAUCAGCCACAGUGCACCUCCAAGCAGAGACUCCACUCUGAGAAGAACCAAGGUCCAGACAGGGAUGACUUCCAGGGCACAAAGAGACUUUUUACAGAUGGUCAUUCAACCUGAGAACAGGAGGGGGCAGAGGGGACAGGAGGGUUGCAGCCAGGACAGCCUCUUGUCUUUUUUCAAACCUGGUUUCAUGAAGAAAGACAUUCCUAGGUCAUCAAUCAGGGGGCAAAAUGGGCGUAUGGACGGCCAUGGACAACUCGAGAAGAUGGCAAGCAGUAAUUUGGCCAAACUGUCCCUUUCCAAUGGGACGCUGACCACAGUAGCACUCGAAGAGAGGAAAGCCAGUGUUAUCCCCAGCUGUGACACCCAUAACUGCAAAGUACAAUUGGUGAACGGAGAGGCUGGGAAUCAUGACCCUGUAGACAUACAGCGUGCUCACAGCUCCAGCAACAUCCAGACAAAGCUCGAUUUGACAUUUCGCAGGUGUGCCUCCUUGCAGAGGAAUGGCGAAAUAGUGGCCCCUCCAGCCCACCGCAUCCUGCUGUCAGACAAGCCCAGCUACGCCACUCUGCAGCGUACACGAUACAGUACCACCUCCCUGGUGCCUCUGUGACAGCCCAGAAUGACAUUUGAAAACUCGAACCUCUCUUCUGAUCUCUACGCUCGGCACACAGAGAAGCUCCCAGCAGGAAACAUCGCUGGAAAGAAAGUAUAUCUUCUCUCUCUCCAUCAUAGUACUGUUAUAAGUUCUUACCUAUGUGUGUCUUAAACUAAAUCUAUGCAGAGCUGAAUUUACUGAGGACAGAAACUGCUGUAAUGUGAUUUUGUUUUUUCCUCGUUUUUUUUACAAAGCAGUCUUCUGUUAAUAUAUAGUUUUAUUUUGGAGUUUAUGAUCCAUAUUUGAAAAGCAGAUAGUCAUUUGGUGACUUUGCAUGAUUAAGCCCAUUAUACAUAGACUUCAUAAAACCAACAUCUGUUUGUAAGGUAGGAAGUGAACCUAAAAACCUGGUUGGUUAAAUUGGUAUACACUAGAAUCUUUUCAGCAUAUACAGUCUAGAGAUAAUGGGCUAAAACAUGUAAAAUAGUUCUUAAACAUUGCAAAAAUUACUAGCACCUGCACUGUAAAUUGGAUUCUAUAACAACAUGCAUCAUUGUUUUGUCAUGUAUGAUCAUUUUCCUGUUAUAUUGCCAAUGCACUUUUUUUUUUUAAAUAAAAGUUUCCACAUGUUGCUACAUUACCAGAGCUAACAUGCUGAGUUACAUUACUAAUUUAAAAGCAGUUAGACUGUACCAAAAUUGGCAAAAAGCAGGAUUGACAAAUGCGUGUUGCAUGACCUACAAAUAAAAACAAGAUUUACAAAUGUAAAUGAUGAUUUGUGGGUAAUUUAUGGUGUUCACAAAUGCUUUGUCCAAUCCACAAACAAAUACUAAACAAUUUGAACAAAUCUAAAAAAAAAAAAAAAUUUAUAAACAAAUACAACUUUUUAUUUUAAAACUUUAGUAUAUUUACAUGGAAUAUUCCAGUGUCAUGUGGCUUUGACUUUGGCAAAUUCAAAUUCACUGACUCUACUGUUUCUGUCACAUCCAUAGACUAUAUAUAAAGCUGUAUGGGUAGCUCCAGGUAGGUGGUGGAGUUCUUCUGCUGGGACAACAGUCUGACCAGGCAAGUAAGACAUGGCAGGACAUCCAGGUGGAUCAUCCUGUGCAGUGAGUAUAAGUUGAGCGAUCAGUUUUAAUCAAAACAUGCAUGAUUUGCAUUAUGAACUAACAUUAUAAGCUCAAUGUUUAAUUUUAGUUACGUCUUCUAGUUAGAUGCCCCAUUUAGUUUUAUAUACAGUUUAUGAAUGUGACAAAAACAGUCAGGGAAUGUGAAGUUAAAGCCACACAACACUGGAAUAUUCCAUGUAAAAUUAAUUAGUCAAUUAUUGUCUAAUCAUAGCGUGACAAGUGAAUCUUUCUGAAAAAACUCCUUUCCCAUUUUGAAAUUACACAUGAAUGCGCUGAAAAACCAGACGUCCAAGUUUUCCACCAGCACUUAAACGCAGCAUACAUUUGUGGAUCAGGGGCCAAGAGUCUCAAAAAUCAAAUUCAGACGUUUUGUGCAAUCCACACCCACACAUUUAACUGAGUAAAUAAAUGCAAAAGAAGUUAUUAUUAGAUAUUUAUAUACUCAGGAAGCUUUUCAAGGGCAAAUUUUAUCCAAUCAAUAAACUUAAUCUUGAAUAUAUAUAUGUAAAAUACUGAUAUUUAUUAAAAAUGUCAAUGUAUUUUUUUGUAAAAUUGUUCCACAUUUUUCAAAUUAUUCGGUAUUUGUGGGUUGGGCAGUUUAUUUAUGAACAUCAUAAAUUACACAAAAAUCACCAUACACAUUUGUAAAUCUUGUUUUUAAUUUGCUGAUUACGUAACACACAUUUGUCACUAUUAUUGAGACUAAUUUCAAAGUUUUUUUGUGUUUCAGGUUGAUAAGAAAAUUUAUCUACAUCCUGUUACCAACAGAUGAAUGAAUUGUGGGACGGUUGCAGAUGUAACCUCCAAAUUAAAAUCUUAUCCUGAUUAGUUUUUUAAAUUUUUCACAUGUUUACAUGGAAUUGUGAAAACACCUUCCCCUAAAAACCACUUGUAACUAUGGUUUUUGAUCAGGUUUGGUCUGUGGAGGGUUGAUGAAGAUUUUGGCUACAUGAGAUAAAAACAAGUGGGAUUGCUCUGACAGAACAAAAUAUACCUACUAACUACCCCAGUAGCCUAUAGAAGACUCAAAGAGGGAUUUUUGUAUUUCCACCUCAGCUCCAGUGUGUGUGUGUGUGUGUGUGUGUGUGUGUGUGUGUGUGUGUGUGUGUGUGUGUGACAUUGGACUGACAUUGGAUAUGAAUUCUUACUGAUAAAAUGCCAACAUUAACUGGACCACACGCAAAGGCAAAGCUCAGUUCGAAGCAGCUUUCUCAUUUGGGAUUGAACAGAGGAUUCACACUGUGCACACACACACACACACUAUUAUUCUUUCUCUACAACCACAGGGAUGUGAUGUGUCCUAAUGAUAAUCAUGCUCUGUAUCAUUCACAUACACUGUAAUAAAGUAACCACCACAUAUCGUCAGCAUAUCUAAUAAAUAUUUAAUCACUGGCAUCAGACAUAAUCAUCGUUCCUGUAUCUGCACCUCUUCUGCUUUUUCUGAUGAAGGAGGAGGAGGAGCAAAACUCCAAGGGAACAAGUUGAUAAUAAUUUCCUUAAUUUCCAUUUGAUGAUUUGUGUCUAAUUUUCAGUUGAAAAUUUUUGUUAAUUUAUACGCUGUAGAUUUUUCACUUGUGACUAUUAGGGAAUUGAAAAGUGAGAGUCCAGAUUGGUUGCCUAUACUGUAACUGUAUUCACAUCUCAUAUUGUGUCAUUUAACAUUACUGUUUAAAUACACUCUACCAAAAUGAAAUUAUAGUAAGUGAAUGAUGUUUCUGAGACAUUACUUGGGAAAUAUGGGUAGAUUAUAUUUUAUUAUUAACUUUUUUAAAACUCUAUAUUUUGUACCUGAUGUAUAAUUAUGUAAUAUAAGUACCAGAUUAAAUUGUAUGCUUCAGGUUACUGCAUAAAGUCAGAUUAAUACAUAUGCUAUGUCGGGUUGAACUGGACACAACACAAAAAAGUCCCCGUACUGGACAGUCUGUAACAUCUGCUUAAUGUACUGCAAGUUUUAUGAAAUGCAAAUUAAACACAGCAUUUAUCACAAAUGAAUUUAGUAUAGCUGAAUGGUUUUCGACAGCCUGGGCGUUUCAUCAUUCUUAUCUCUGGCUCACAUCAGGCAGCUAUGGAAUUUUUUAGGAUUCAAGACAGUGUGCUUCUUCUUAUUCAACUGAGUGCGCUGCUAAAGUCAAACAACUUACCAGCUGGAAUAGCAACAUUCCAGAGCUCUGAUAAAGACUUUCUUUCCAGUGAAGUGAGGCUAGACUACUGAGAAAUUUAAGAGCUUUUUUAAGUGCACCUGCUGCUUGAUAUGUAACCAUGGUGUCAGAAUGAAGUGAAUAAUUGAUGUAUAUGAGAGUGUAUUCAAUGUCUAUGGCAAAGGAAAGUAGUUGUCAAGAGCACUUAACUGGAUCUCAAAACUUUUGGAGAUGGAUCCUUAAGUGUUUCACACCACAUAUGUUGUUCUGCCACUAAUCACCAUCAGGGUAACCUUGAAACAUUUUUACUGCUACAAGGUUUUCUCAACUCCCACGAAAUUUUGCCAGCAGCACUUUCCAUCUGCUUACAUUAUCUUCACUCAUUUCCUAAAUGGCUGUAUCCUAAACCAAGUUCGAGUAGAUGUGUGCACAUCCACAAUACUUUUGGAAUACGUGCUGGAUUUAAAAAAAAAAACAUAACAAUCAGUGGCACACAGGAAUCACAGAUCCCUUUAAUUUCAUUAGUGACCAACUACAGGUCUUCCUCAAGCAAAUAUCCACAGGAAUGAAAUGAGGGAUGUAUAUAGCAAAAUCUUUGUCAUAAUAAUCUAAUCACAUUAAUGUUUUGGGAUACCCUUAGUACACGGAAAAUGAAGAAAACAAUAUGAAUGGACAUGCAAGAAUCUUGCAGAAAUCAGUUCAAUCAAUAGUUUAAAAAAGACAACAAAAUAUAUCAAAACCUGAUUUCAUUUUGAAAAGCAGUGUUUCCCUGCCCUCUGUGGAAAUGUUUUUUUGCAUUUUUAUUUAACUUCAAACAGAUUUUUUUUACACAAAACAUGCUGCUAGGCUGUCAUUCUGAGCUAAAAUGAGUUAAAUUAUCUGUAAAAGUUGUAGCCUAUUUGCUUAUAUACUUUUGUGGCAGAGAAGGAAGUGACGCAUCUCAUGUAUAGGAGAUAAUACUCUCUUCCUAUUGGCUUGCAGACCAGGGGUAACCAUGGUCUGGGGUCCUGGAGUACACCUGUACAUCACUGCAGCGAGUUGAGAAGAUAAACCAUUGGAGCGCAACUUCUUCAUCCACAUGUUGGACUGAGGGCAGAAUGGAUGCUACAGUGACUCACGACCACCUCUUGAGGUACAACGAGAUAUUCUGAGACAGGAUGAGCCGGGGCUAGCAGGGAACCUCUGCAAGCUAAAGCUUCACGUUGUCGGUAAGUGAGGUAGACAGGGAAGUGCCGGGGGAGGAGCUCCCCAGUGGGAACUGAGCGAGAGAGAAAGCAACGUGGGUGGUCAAGUCUUCUCACUUAAUUUUAAGGUUUUCUAUUCUCUA